UCGGCGCGUGUGUUCCAGCUAACCUUUUGAAGGGGUGAAUUGCAAAACGAACACAAAGCAUAAGUGUGAAUCGUUAUCAAGUUAGGCAUUUUAAUUAAUCUCUGAAAUAAGAGUUAGAGUUUUUUUAACGUAGAAGGAAAUCUGCCAAAUUAUUGUUCAUCAUGACUGAAACAAGCAAAUCACCUAUAGUUGCAAUACCAGAUGAAUUGUGCAAAAGAGCAGGUGCUGCUGCAUCAUGGGUUGGUCCCAAUAAAUUGGCUUUUUUUCCACACAAACAUGUUGGCAUCACAUCUGCAGAUCAAAUUAGUCAAUUUGCUUCUAAUGAAGUAAAAGUUCAUUUUUUAAGGCCAGAAGUAAUUUUAUUUUAUCCAGCUUUACGCAAACUAGUUAAUGAAAGCAAUGGAGUAUUUUUGUCAAUCCAAAAAUUGAAAAUUUCUCAAACAGCUAAUAAUUGUAAGCCAGAAAUGUUAAAGUACAGUAAGCAGUACCGUUCAAUUUUAAGAGCAUGUGUUGAAGAAUUACAAGACCUGGCGGAAAAGAGUGUACCUGAAAAAAAAGCUCUUUAUGAAAAUCUACAAACUAUAUUUUACAACUUGGAAUGUGUUUGGCAUUUGACAGAAAUAUUGUAUGUUGAUGUAAUCCAAGGUGAUGUUGUGUUGCCCCAACUUUUGGAGUGGGUUAGAUUCCAUUUUCCAUCAAGAGAAAUAAUGGCUAUGAAAAUAUUGGCCAGAAAGAAAAUUGGAGCAGAUCUUGAAAAUGUAGACUAUUGGGAGUCUGUAUUUGGCUGUGCUUUACAUGGUAAGCUUGAUAUUGUUCGAGCUCUACUUACUUUACACAGUAAAGCAGAUCAUUCAGCCUUUUUGGCAGCUGAAAAUUCUUUGAGAAACAUGCCUGUAUUCAAUGUAUAUGGAGGCUACUCAAUAAAAGAAUUCACUAUUAGAUGGAAGCAAUGGCAGAUGAGUUUGUCUCAGAGUAUUGACAGCAAAGCAUUCAGUAUAGAUCCUAUGCUAGAAUCUCUUAUGAAGUUGGUUGUUGGUACUGAACUAUGGGAAUUUUCAAAGUAUGCAGAAGCAUGGUAUGAACUUUUGGUGGCAAAAUUAUUGUAUACAGCACCAUGCUGUAAGCAGCCUGAGCUUGCUCGUUAUGCAAAUACUAUUGGUAUGAAAUGGCAAACUGUUAAAAAAACAUCACUGCUAGUAUUAGAUAAUAUUUAUCUUGCUUUAAUGGAAAGUGACUUGCAUCAAGUCAUAAAAGAAAUUCAGUACAUGAAUGAUAAUGGAUGGUUUGCUGCUCAUUUAACUGAUUUGUUGUAUCACUGUGGCCGAUUAAACAUAGUUGACAAAGAUCAAAUCAAUGUUACAGAUAUGCUUCAUGAAUCUCUGAUACUAGAUUAUGGCAGCACAAUGAUGGGUCAUCAUUCACUCUGGCAAUGUGGUGCAAGUUACCUUGAACAUUGUCCAGAACAGGGUCACGCAAGAUUGGAGGUGCUCUUACAGACAAUUCCUUUAGGAAGUGAAGCAAGAAUUCGUAAAAUAAUUGAUGUUGCCAAACAAAAUAAUAUGCCUGAAGUUGUGAGUAGCAUCUGUAAAAUUCAAGGAUUAAAGUGUAUAAAGCAAAAUCGUUUAGGAAAUGCCUUGGCUUGGGCUCUAAAAUCUCAGGAUGUAUUGUUUGCCACUCACAUCGCAGAUCGUUUUCUACGACAUUACGUCGACCAUGCCGAAAUUCAAUGCAAAGAUCUACUGGAAAAUCUUGGUAGCUGUAUGCUUGUUAGUGACAGACUCACCUUUUUAGGGAAAUACUGUGAAUUCCAUCAAAUGUACGGUAUUGGAGAAUUCAGGGAAGCUGCCAGGCUAUUGGUGUCUCUCAUAGUAUCAAAUCUCGCCCCAAAAUACUUUUGGAGCAUCCUAUUAACCGAUGCCAUUCCACUGUUGGAAACCGACGAUCUUGUGUUUUCCUCGCAAGACACUUACGAACUCUUGCGAGCCGUCCAACGGCGUGGAGACGAUCCGAAAUUCCAAGACAAAGUAUCAAUAUUUCGGCUGGCCGCCGCGAGAAAUCUCUCGCGAGCCAUCAUCGUCGAGGGUAACAGGCCAGACUAAUGACGAUUUUUGUGUACAAACAUAACAAAUUAUGUAUAUAAAAUAGGAAUAAAAUAUUUUUGCAAAAAUAAUGAUAAAUUUUCCGUCAUCAGCUGCGUGAGCAAUUUUUUAAAAGCGUUUGUCAUGGGAUUCGAGCUGAAUAAUUUUUCGUUGUUUUUUUUUAUGAUUUUACUCGUCGAUGAAUUGGUUAUUUUUUUUUAAUAUACAUUUUACCAAGAAAACCACUGAUUCACAACAAAGCAAUUGUUAAUAACUUGUAAAAAAUCACACUUUUUUUAUAAAAAAAUUUUACGAGUUCUGUAACUCAAAAAUACAA